AUUUUAGGUUCAACCACAAGACUCUUUCCUACAAACAGGACCGGGAAGUCAAAUCAAAGGGCCGAGCAAAACCACGGGCAAAGCAGCUGGGUGAACCAAGUUAAAAAGAAGACAAGGAAAGCUGCAGCAUGGCGAGAAAAGGCAGAGACGCAUAGGAGGGAUAAGACGGGAGGAGGGAGUCGAGGAGGGAGGGGAGAGAGGAGAAAGCCGAGCGCGGACGUCAGGAACAAAAGCUCCAGCGGAGUCUGGCGGAGGCACUAGGGGAGCAUGGGGUGUUUUGAAUAAUUAUUAAAAUUAGCGUGUGUCUGCGCCAUCCUGUGGGUGUGGCGCAGAGCGGAGUGUAAACUCUAGCCCGGCCGGAGCAAACAUUGGAUUAGCGGCAGCAGCCAGCCAGCCAGCCUGCGGAGGAGUGCGGGGACCAGCGCGCGGCACGCCGACCGGCACGAUGGCCUCGUCUCAGGGGAAGAACGAGCUGAAAUUCGCCGACUGGAUGGCAACUCUGCCAGAGAGCAUCCACAGCAUCCCCCUCACCAAUUUAGCCAUCCCAGGAUCUCAUGAUUCCUUCAGCUUCUACAUUGAUGAAGCCUCACCAGUAGGGCCUGAACAGCCAGAAACCGUCCAGAAUUUUGUCUCUGUGUUUGGAACUGUAGCCAAAAAGCUGAUGCGGAAAUGGUUAGCCACUCAAACAAUGAACUUUACUGGUCAGCUAGGAGCUGGGAUCCGUUAUUUUGAUCUUCGAAUUUCCACCAAGCCCAGAGACCCCGACAAUGAACUUUACUUUGCUCAUGGUUUGUUCAGUGCCAAAGUCAAUGAAGGCCUUGAGGAGAUUAAUGCAUUCCUCACAGAUCACCAUAAGGAGGUUGUAUUCUUGGACUUCAACCAUUUUUAUGGGAUGCAGAAAUAUCACCAUGAAAAACUGGUCCAAAUGCUGAAAGACAUCUAUGGAAACAAGAUGUGCCCAGCGAUUUUUGCCCAGGAAGUUAGUCUAAAGUACCUGUGGGAGAAAGACUAUCAAGUGCUGGUCUUCUACCACAGUCCAGUGGCUCUGGAAGUGCCCUUUCUCUGGCCUGGGCAGAUGAUGCCAGCACCCUGGGCCAACACCACAGAUCCGGAAAAACUGAUCCAGUUUCUUCAGGCGUCCAUCACUGAGAGAAGAAAGAAGGGCUCGUUUUUUAUAUCUCAGGUGGUGCUGACCCCCAAAGCUAGCACUGUGGUCAAAGGAGUGGCCAGUGGCCUCAGAGAAACUAUCACAGAAAGAGCUCUUCCUGCCAUGAUGCAGUGGGUCCGCACUCAGAAGCCGGGAGAGAGUGGUAUCAAUAUUGUCACUGCUGAUUUUGUGGAACUUGGUGAUUUCAUCAGCACUGUCAUAAAGCUCAACUAUGUCUUUGAUGAGGGAGAAGCCAACACUUGAUAGUACCAUUUGGAACAUCCAUGAGUAAGACAGAGAAGACUCAUUGUAUUAGGCAUAUUAUCUAUAAACGCUCUGAUCUUCCUAUUCCACUGGGUGUCUGAGGGGAUUAGACUGGUAGUGGGUGGGAAAAGGGGGAAACCAUUUCUUCAGUGAUUGUUAUCAUACUGCAUUACUAUAAAUAGUUCAUUUCCCAUUUGAUGAGCAAAAUCUGCUUCUAGUGUUAGGGAUAAAAAAAGACCGUGAAUUUUGUUUCUCAGAAUUAGUCUUUGCAACGUAUAUCUGAUGAAUGUUUACGUGAUUGCAUUUCUGAUUUCAGCCUAGGGCUCCUACACUGAUUCCUCUAACUGAAACUUUCCACUCGCUCUCUCGCUCGCUCUUUUUAAUCAGAUGCCGUAUGGGACUCAAAACAAUUGAAUGCCCAACGUAAUGUGUAUUACAUUGAUGUACUGAAUUUUUUUUUGUGAGACUUGGUAUAAUAUAAUAUCCUCUAGUCAUCUGCAUUUGGUCGAUCAUUGCUAACUUUUGGUCAUAGAAAAUAUGUAUCAAGUCAGUUUCCCUGCAUCAGUAACAUUGAAGGACAUAAUCAGUAAUUUUUGUGUUAUAUGAAAAUAACAGUGUUUCAUAGUAUUUCUAUUUAAGGCAGCUAUAAAUAUAGUGUAAAAACUUUUUUGGAAGAACAAUUAGUGCCAACUCUGUAGUGAAAGAUGGGGGAGGGGGGAAGAGAUGGAUGCCAUUUUAAUUCAGGAAUCUCUUAAAUAAUAUUGCCCUGCAAAUGCUCAGUAAAUGAAAAAUUAUGACAAAUGUGUUUAAAUCGGGAAACUCUGAAAAGAACUCUUACAAAAAUCUCCCCUAACAAUUCUCUUGAUUUAAAAAAAAAAGGUAGAAAAAAAGAAGAAAUGAAUAAAAGAUUGUGCAAGCUUUCCUAUGAAGUUGGGAUCUCCAAACAUGUAAUUCUAAAUCCCAGAUUUUGAGGAACAUAUUUUGAGAAGCUUCGAUUCAAAUUUUUACUUGAAGUUGAGGAAAGAGGAAAGAUGGCAAAAAGAGCAGUUUUUGAAACUAUGUCCAUAAAAUCUCAAAGAUCACGAAAUGUCUUUAGGAGAUUCUUACAUACACGUGAUCUGGGCAGAUGCACUGAAAAUUAACACUGACCCAUCAUUUCUGGAUUCUGUCCUACCCCAGGAUAGAGACUGGGGCAGAAGCAAAAGUUUUACAGAACAUUUCAGUGUCCCAAGAUUUGAUAGUCCGGGUCUACGGGGAAGAAAAAUGGUAGCAGGACUUUGAGCCUCGCUUCCUCCAUGGUGUCUUUGUGAUUUUUGACAACGCUAAGAUGAUUUUUGAAAAGCACAAUAACCCUCAACUAUGUGCCUCACAGGAAUAUUGUGAGGCACAACUAAAAAUCUAUAAAUUGCUGAAAUUCUUAUAAUUAUGAAUUAUUUUAUCUUCAUGUUUAGAAAUAAUUGCACCUCAGUAGUCCCUUGGGAAAAUGCGGUCCAUGCAAAGUAGGACCAUAGAAAAAUAAAAGCAUGCCCUCAGUUUUUAAUUAAUUUAAACAUAGGGCAUGUGGUUUAAUCUCUUAGACCUAGGCAAGGGGGUUGAUUAUGUCAAGAUUGUGAAUAAUCAAGAGCUGGUUAUAAGAUUAUAAACACUCAUUGUCAAAAAAUAGUAUUUAUAAGCAGCUGCAGGGAAGCAAGAGAAAUUGUUUAUACUGAAGAGAAUGUUUAUGCAGAGUGUUUGGUCUGCUCAGUAGACCUGGUAGUGUGCAUAUACAUGCAACAGUUCCACAUUCCAGUUGCGCGUCUAUGUCUCACUACGCACAGUAUGCCAGCGUCCACCCAUCCUGCCAGUGGACAGAUACAAAUGCACACAGACAGACACACAGACAUGGGCAAACAUAGCCACAGUUCUUCUUUUCAAGCAAAAACACUGAUAAUAUUAAAUAGUUUAAUUUUAAGACCAAAACCCUCAAGGUAUGAAAAGAGUGAUGAGACCUGUGAAAGUAGAGUGGCUGACCAUAUUCAAAUAUUUUUGUAAAAAUAUUCUAGCUUGGGACUUAAUUAUUUACAAAUAGAGUUUUCUUUCCAUCUUCCCUCCUCUUGCGGUUUAUUGUCUUUUUAGCUCUUUCACCUGCUCUUAAUGUGCAAUUGAAUAUGAAUCCUUUUUAAAGGACUAUGGAUUAUUGAAAUUUUCAUCCUGUAAAUUUGCUUUGUGAGCAGAUUUUCUCUCUGACAAUUCAUUAUUCAUCCCUCAGGAGGAUCUUUAGCCAAGCACACUUGCAAUGACACAAGGAUUUAACUUAUAAAUAUGACAGAAAACAAAACUUUCAACAUAUUAAUGAAGAAUGAAUAAAAUAUAGAGGUAACUAUGUUGUAUUUUCUUGAACUAAAUGCUUUCUUAUAAUGUUUGCUUAGAAUUAGCUUUGUCACAUUUGUCAUUUGGGUGCUGGAAAAAACAAACAUGCUGAAGCUUUAGACUAAUUGUGCAGUUUUUUAACUGGAGAAAGCUUUUUAUUGCUAUUAAUGAUAUGCACACAGAAACCUUGUUUGACAGAGGGUACUUUCAAGUCGAUGCUAUGGUUUCCAUGUGGACAUACAGUCCCUAUGUAGCAGGCACCAAGAGUAAGUGGACUUGCCUUAAUUUCUAAAGGAGGGAACAGCUGGGUCCUCCAGCUAGAGGGAGAGUCACCAGGAGGGAGUCCUUGGAAAGGGGAAUGGAGAGAAGGUGCCUUUGGCUGUCUUCUGUCCAUUGGGCCUGCCUUGGAGCACAUUUCAGGAGCAGGCUGUGGGCCUUAAAUAAAAAGUGGGGGUGAGAACUAGUAGUAUGCGGUCAGAGCUAACCCUCAGCCUAUGCUCCUUUGUCUUAGCAAGGCAUUGUCUUUCCAGAGAGCUAGGAACACAAGGGCUACAAAUAGGCCCCAAGAUAGUAGGAGAUACAUCUUGGUGCACUUUUUUUUUUUUUUUUUUGCUUUUUCUUGAGACUUUAUGUCACAAGUCCUGCAAGGCAAAAAACAGAAACAAAAUCCAACUUUUACCCAAUCUGCAGCAGGAAAUCAAAGAAGCGGGUGGGAUGAGGGGAAAAUAUGCAAGGAAUAUCAUUUUUUGGGUUUGCUUUCCUAUCUGUAAUUUUGAAGGACCAAAAUGGUGAACACUCCUGCCAUUAUCAUUUCUGUCUCCCUUAUUAUUACACAAUCAUAUGAGUGCAGAGAAUGAGGAGCCAUCUUUUAAAAGCCUUAGGAUAUUCUAUAUGAUGACCUCAAUAUUCACUUUCAGCCAUACUGGGAAAACUCACUUUUCAUGGAGCGCCACCUAACAGUGAAUGUACUAGAGCAUGAAGUGUUUGGCAUGUGUGCGCCUGUAUGUGUACACACGUGCAAACACACACACACAAACACACACACAUACACACACAUGCAAACACACACACAAACACACACAUGCAAACCCACACACAUACAAACACAUGCAAACACACACAGACACACACAUGCAAACACACACACAUACAUACACACACUGGAUACACAUCUCACACACACACACAUUAUUCAAGUUAAAACUGCACUCUCUAAUCACUCAACUUGAUUCUAUUGCCAUUUUAACUCUUAAAAUCAAUAUUUCCUACAUUAAUGGGCAUAAACAUACUUCAGAUAUUUAAAUAUUUAAGAGAGAAAAAAAUCGCUAGAAAACCAGUGAACAAUGAGACCAUCAUAAAUCAGAAAUGCCUAGCAGUAAUAGUCUAAAUACAUUGUCAAUUAUACUUCAAGCUGGAGAAUUGAAGAUGGACUUGAAUAUAAAUUACAAACAAACACUCAUCUUUACUUAAAGCUGUUUUAAGUUCUUUGAGGUCCUGACAUGUUUUAGCCAGUUACCGGUUCAGGUUCUCCCCUGUUAGCAUUCCAGACUGGAAAGUUGAAAGUCUCAGGAAAUGCAUGUUCUCAUGAGUUUCCAGUUCUAUAGUUUUACAGAUUCAAUGACACAAUCUCCUAACAUUUGGUUACUCAUCCAAAUGAAAGCUCCAUAGGUAGAGUGCUUGAGUUUUGAAUUACUAACAGAAAAUAAUGCACAGUGUCCCUCAGGAUAUGCUAAGCAAGGGUUUUAAAAGUAUUUUAUUUUACAGCACUUUGGUCUUUUCAAUUAGAUUUCAGUGCCACAAUGGUGUAAAUGCUAUAUUUGCCAUAACUUCUUGGUGGCUCCUGUGUUACAUACAAUUUUAAACAAUGCUCUAAAUUGUUUGUUUCCCCAACAUCAAUAAAAUGUUCUGUAGAAUUUGUAAAAUGUAUUGAUUGAGUCUGUUGAAAAUUGUGCAGUUUUUAUUUCAUUUGUGAUAUAUUUCAUAGGUGUUAGUUCUAAAUGUAUAUUUGUAUGAGUCAAAAGUAUGUGCUUGUAUGUGGUUCGUGUGUUAAUAUAUUGUAUCUUACAAAAAAUCAAACUUAUCCUAAAGAAAAAGGGCACGUUAUGACCAGCCUUAAUUCAUUGCCAUUUUUUGUUGUUGUAAUUUGGGAUUAAAAUUUAAAGAGAAAUUAUGUUUUUGUUUAAAAUGGUCUUUUUUAGAAAAAAAUCAUAUGAGGAAUGUGCUUUAGAAAUUAUCUGAGUUCCCCCAAGCAUAAAUAGUUAAGCUUGUGGAGCACCUGAAGCUUCUCAAAAGUUUCCAAUGUCAGUCAUUUACUAACUUCAUUAUCAUGCAAAAACUGAGAUUCACGUUUGUUUCCAUCAGCAACAGAACCAGUACACUUCAAAAGCUGUUCUUCCAAACUUGGAACCAUGUGAGGAUAAGUUUGUGAGGAUAAGUUUUCCAUGAAAAAUUGUUUCUUCAAUUUUGCUUUUUAAAGAUUGGAUCUUCUCAGUUAAGAUGAACUGCCUAGGUUCUAUGAGAGUCACUAAAGACCCAUCAACAUUAGGUGGUUCCAACAUGGUUCCCUUCUCAAAACACAGGCAUACAAUAUCUUUUUACACCUUUGUUAUCUGCCUACAUGUAGUCUAGCAAUGGAAAAUGCAUGACUAAUUCAAGGACCUGCAUGAGUUGUCAUGCUCAAAGCAAAAACGUUGUAAUUUUCCUUGAGCCUGGGAUCUAGGUGUGGAAUAUUAACCAGUCUUCUUAUUUCCUCUUCUUUCUCUAUCCUCAGUUAUUUAUUUUCCAUAUUUAAGCUUGCCAGAUAAAACACAGGACACCCAGUGAAAUUCAAAUUUCAGAUAAGCAAUAUUUUUUAGUAUAAGAAUUUCCAAAAUAUUUCAUGAGACAUACUAAAAACUUAUUCAUUGUUUAUAUGAAGUUCAAAUUUAACUGGAUGUGUCCUGUAUUUUUUUUCUCUGGCAACCCUAUCUAUCUUGCCUCUCUCUUUUUCAGUUGGACUCCCUCUAAAGGGUGAGAUUCUACCUCCUUCUAAAGCCCUAUAUUAUAUCUCAUGGAAAUCUAUAGUCCUAACACCCUUCAUGAAGGAAAAUGUUGGUCCAUACAAAGUUCCAUGGAUGCUUUACAAAGGACCAACUCAAAUAGACACGGCAUAAUCAGUCGAGCAAGUGCCUCUAUAAGAUUAAUGCCACUACAUUCAAAAUUUCCCUUUACCAUCCCGUUGCAAGAUCCAGAGUCUCCCCUACUAAUCCCUUAAGUAACAUUCCCCAGUAACUCGGACACCCAAAAACACUACACGUUAAAAAUUCCCUGGAAAGUGGUAGCACCUUCCAACUCAAUACCAGGACCUCUUUUACAAUUCAAUUUCUCCUUCAUUCAGAGAGGUAAACUAAUUCAUUACUCCCCUCAUUGACACCCUACCACAAAUUACUUUUAUCAGUUUAGAACCGAUCAUCUAUGGAACUACAGAAAAUUUGACCUAGAAAAAAAACAAAACUCUCUUGAUUGCUGAAAAAAAAGAAGAAAAGAGCCUGGGAUAUAGAUAUAUAGAUACAGCCUCAGAAGACUGGGUUGGAGUUGGGCAGGGGAUAGAAUAUGGACCCUGACAAUGAACCAGUACCUGCCAGGGAGAUUUGCCAAAGCAAAUUAUAACAACCAGCAUUUUUUUUUUUUUUAAGAAAUUGAGAACUCAAGACACCCCAGGGUAAGAACAAUGAGAUCUAAGGCCAGUUUCUAGAACAGUUUGCAGAGAAUAGAAUUAUGCUGGAAUUCCUAAAAUAGAGUUUUCAAAGACCAUUGUAUCCAACAGUGAAUCCUUGACGUGGUCUGAAUGUGGAUGGAGUUUUGGAAUAUUUUUGGUACCUACUUCCUCUCUUGAAAUUCCUAUAAGUGACAAGAAAAUCCAAAUUCCUUAAUAUAACAUUUCCAUCUCAUGGUCCCUGCUUGCACACAUUUGUAUUGAUUUGCUUCAUUUCUAAAGGAUGGGAGUUUGCAGAGCUGGUGACAUUUCCUUCAUUAGACACCAGAAAUUCACCAGAGGGAGACAGAUCUGUGCCUUCUCUUUUUAGGAUCUGGUCAUUGAUACUUUAAUAAAUGUGGUGUAAAGAAAAUACAUGCCUACCACUGUUCUGUUUAGCAAAUGUGAAUUUUUUGGAUAAGAUUGUUGUUCUUAAUGUAAAAAAAAAAAAGUUUCUUUGUAUCCAGUGAAAUGCCUAAUAAAGUCCUGAUACCAGUUAUCUUUA